UCAUAUCUCUUUAGUUUACCACCACCAUCUGUACCGUCGUCUCAUGAAUACCAAGCUGGUUCCUUGCACAUCUGUGUGAAUGACUUCCACUUUUUUUUGCAAUCCAACUUGCUCUCUUCUUUCGCUUUCAUUCCCACACUGGACCCUGCCAUGUCAUCACACUGUUUCACGUGCCGUACCAUGCAGCAGUACCACCUACCCAUCUUGGAAGCCUUGGACAAUCCAGACUUACAUCAACAACCCGACAAACACACUACAGACCCUUGUCUAUCUCCCGUUCCCAACUGUUCAUUGUCAUCAUUGACUGAACUUGAUUCUUCUUGCUCACCUAGCCCUCAACCAAUGUCUUCGAAAUUAGAUCUCCCUACCCUCGCCAAUGUCACCUCAAUUGCUGCACUCACAUGGCUGACUCACUGUGCAGACUCCUUUGAGGCCUGGUCUGCUCUCAAUGCUGAUAAGAAGAUCAAACCCGAGAUGCAAAUACUAGUUGCUGGAUUGAAGAUGGAACAUGCUGAGGCCGCUGCUUGGUGGAAUGAGAACUGGGAGUCAUUAAAGAAGCUGGCAUCAUGGGAUGAGUUUGUCACAAAGGUGAAGGAUCAUUUUGUCCCCUCCAACUGGCGUUUGGAUGCACUUGCUGCCUUCUACUCGGUAAAGCAUGCACCUGGGACGGACUUCCAGUCUUUUGUGUCAGACCUCCAAACUGUGCGGAAUGCCCUCACGUCUGCUGGCACUGGCUACACCAUCACUGACUCUUCUGUCAAAAAUCAUCUGUUAUUCUUCAUGCAUCCCAUUUUAUCCCUUCGCGUCCACAGUACUACGGGUUUUGCGUCAGUCUAUGGAACCAUGAAGCUUGAUGCCUUGGUCAAUCUGAUGUCUACAACUUGGGUGAGCCUAAUUGCAGAGAACGUUGUUCGAAUCAAGAAUGUUCAGACUAGUGACCAAUCCCAAGCCAUUCCGACUGCCCACAUCACUUCUACCCAUCCCACAGCAUCUAUGGCUGUGUCAAACGGCUCACAUUACCCUUUUCCGGAUCUUUCCUAUGCCGAGAAAGAGGCUCUUCAGGCUUCUGGAGGUUGUUUCCAUUGCAGGAAGACCCCAUCUUUGCCGAACUGGACGCAGCACAGCGCACAUAACUGCCCUGGAGAUUCAGCUGCCGGUAUCCUGGAAAUGCCAGGCUCCUUUGUAUUAGAUGGACCCGACUCUUCGGACUCAGACUAUGACACCGACCAUGACUUUGACUAAAGAUUUCCCUCACUACCCGUUGUCUUUUGCAUCACUUUUGUACUCGCUUUUCUUUGAUUGCUAUUGUCUUCAGCCAUGUUGCAAUAUUUUGGUCACUUCUGUCCUUAUGUUCACACCCAUGAAAGAUAAUACUUUCCUUGUUCGUUUUGUCC